GAGACUGAGAGAAGGGGGAAAGAGGCGUGGUCAGAGUCCCACCGCCACCCAGGACCAGCUCCUCUUGUCCCUGGAUCUUCUGAUUGGCCCCAGAAGGUGACAGUACCGACGACAAUGCUAUCGAGCAGGUGGUGGCCAAGUACCUGGGGAAACCUAGGGCUGGGGACCCGGAGCCCUUCUCGGGGAUCCCAGCUCUGUGCCCUGUAUGCCUUCACUUACACUGGGGCAGAUGGCCGGCAGGUGUCUCUGGCUGAAGGGGACAGGUUCCUACUGCUUCAAAAGACCAACUCAGACUGGUGGUUGGUAAGGCGCCUGGGAACACCCUCCACCUCUCACCCCAUCUUCAUCCCAGCUGCCUACAUGACAGAGGAAUUCAGCCCUUCCCAGAGCCCAACAACCAUCACCCCCAGCCAAUCCCUCUGGACUCUUGGGCCAAAGUUAUUUCCUGGCUCCCUGGAGGAGAUGCACCUGUGUCAGGAAGCCCCAGGCAGAGCCCAGGCUACAUCUGAGCAGCCUCCUCCUCUUCCCCCUAAAAUGUGUAGAAGUCUCAGUGUUAGCAACUUGAGGCCAAGCCUCCUGAAGCCCUUCCAGAAAGGACCAAGUAGAAGAUUCCUUUCCCAGGAAGACUUGCUGGCAGACGCCGAUGCGAACAUGGCGAGACCCCAGACCUUCAUGUCAGAGCCCCCCGUGUACUGCAACCUGGUGGACCUUCGCCGCUGUCCCCGGUCCCCACCCACAAGCCCUGCAUGUCCCCCGCUGCAGAGGCUGGACGCCUGGGAGCAGCACUUGGACCCCAACUCUGGACGCUGCUUCUACGUAAAUUCGCUGACUGGCUGCAAAUCCUGGAAGCCUCCUCGCCACACUCGCACCCGAGAGAUGAACCCUGGCUCCAUGGAGGGACCACAGACCAUGAAUAAGGACAACGGUGUCCUGCAACCUCAGGCAAAGGACUCAGAAUCUGGCACAGGGACGCCAGGACUUUUCGACUCCCAGGGUUCACCCUCCCUCUGCAGACUCGCCUCCCAGCUCGACCCCUCAGACCAGCCUUCAGCUCUGCAGUCCCCUCGGCCCCUGCCGCAGGUCCUGGACGACCCCCAUGAGGUGGAAAGGUCGGGCAUGCUCAACAUGACGAAGAUCGCCCAGGGUGGCCGCAAGCUCCGGAAGAACUGGGCCCCAUCUUGGGUAGUACUAGCGGGUAACAGCCUGGUGUUCUACCGAGAGCCACCGCUGACCGCCCCCUGCACCGUCUGGGGACCAGCGGGUAGCCGACCCGAAAGCAGUGUGGACCUGCGCGGGGCCGCCCUGGCCCAUGGCCGCCAGCUGUCCAGCCGCCGCAACGUCCUACACAUCCGCACGGUCCCUGGCCACGAGUUCCUGCUGCAGUCAGACCACGAGGCCGAGCUACGUGCCUGGCACUGCGCACUGCGGGCGGUCAUCGAGCGCCUGGAUCGAGAGAACCCCCUGGAGCUGCGUCUGUCCUGUUCGGGACCUGCGGAGCUGGGGGAACUGAGCGCGGGGGAGGACGAAGAAGUGGAGUCCGAGCCGGUGUCCAAGCCACUGCUGCGGAUCAGCGGCCGUCGGAGCUCCAGUCGGUGUCCGGAGGGAGCUGAGCAGAACCGGGUACGAAACAAACUAAAGCGGCUUAUCGCAAAGAGACCGCCCUUGCAAACCCUGCAGGAGCGGGGUCUGCUCCGAGACCAGGUGUUCGGCUGCCAGUUGGAAUCACUGUGCCAGCGGGAAGGGGACACUGUGCCCAGCUUUGUGCGGCUCUGCGUUGCUGCUGUGGAUAAAAGAGGUCUAAAUGUGGAUGGCAUUUACCGGGUGAGCGGGAACUUGGCAGUGGUCCAGAAACUUCGCUUCUUGGUGGACAGAGAGCGGGCGAUCACCUCCGAUGGGAGAUACGUGUUCCCAGAACAGCCAGGACAAGAAGGCCGAUUAGAUUUGGACAGUGCUGAGUGGGAUGACAUUCAUGUGAUCACUGGAGCCCUGAAGCUUUUUCUCAGGGAGCUACCCCAGCCUCUGGUGCCCCCACUGCUGCUGCCCCAUUUUCGUGCUGCCCUUGCACUCUCUGAAUCAGAACAGCGCCUCUCUCAAAUACAAGAAUUAAUAAGCUCAAUGCCGAAGCCCAACCAUGACACUCUACAGUACCUCCUGGAGCAUUUAUGCAGGGUGAUAGCACACUCAGACAAGAACCGCAUGACCUCCCACAACCUGGGAAUUGUGUUUGGACCAACCCUAUUUCGACCGGAGCAGGAGACAUCUGACCCAGCGGCCCAUGCCCUCUACCCUGGGCAGCUCGUCCAGCUGAUGCUCACUGACUACACCAGCUUCUUCCACUGA